AAGAUGAUCAUUGCAGUAACGUAUCGGUCGCCUUUGUGAAACGAUCAUGAGCGAUCCGAAACACAUAACAGAUAACGAAAACCUCAAUGACUACGGUACACGAAUAAUUCGAUGGUUUCUCAUAUCACUAGGUGCCUGGCCACAAACGAGCGCAUCAAACAAUAAAAUGAAAAAACUCGCGGUGUCAAUGCAAAUCUUCAUUUUUUCGACCGCGUUGGCAAUCAUUCUGAUACCAUGCAUGUUGUACAUAGGGUUCGAGAAAAAAGACAUUAAGACUAAAUUACACGCCAUCGUUCCGCUGUUUAACAGAAUUUCAGGAUCCUUAUCUUACUGGAUAAUACUUACGCGUAACAAAGACGUUCAACGCUGCAUACGGCACAUGGAAACAGAUUGGAAACUCGUUCGGAGAAUCGAUAAUCGCAAAGUGAUGCUGCAAUAUGCCAAGUUCGGCCGCUGGACGACCGCCUUAUCCGCGACGUUUAUACAUGGUAGUACGUACAUCUUUAACAUGAUCAAGGCGAUGGAAACAACAACCGUUAUCAUCGGCAACAAAACUAUUACGAUACAUCCGAUGACAUGUCCAAUGUACAGCAGGAUACUUGAUGUGAGAUUCAGCCCUGCAAACGAGAUCAUGCUGGGUGUGCAAUACUUGUCGACGUUUGUAAUGGCUUCUUCUAUAGCAACUGUUUAUAGUCUCGCUACCGUCUUCGCGGCACAUGCUUGCGGUCAACUGAAUGUACUGCAUACGUGGUUAAACGAGCUCGCCGAGGAAAAAACUAAUCAUUUAGCAGAACGAAAACUUGGAGCCGUCGUGAAACAUCAUUGGAGAGUCCUCAGUUUUGUACAACAAAUAGAGAGUAUUAUGCAUAAAGCCUGUCUAUCAAUAUUGAUGGGAUGCACGAUAAAUAUGUGUUUCCUUGGAUAUUUCCUUGUUAUGAACUGGAGUGCGUUCAAUAAGGCAAAAAUAUUAGCAAAUUUUAUAACAUACAUGUCAACGAUCACAAAUUUAUUUAUAAUUUGUUACAUCGGUGAAAUCCUCACGGAAGAGUGUGAAAAAAUUGGAGACAUAACAUAUAUGACUAAUUGGUAUAAACUGCCUCAUAAAACAGCGCUCGGUCUCAUUUUGAUAAUCAUGCAAUCGAGUCACACUAUCAAGAUAACUGCGGGAAAAUUAUUUCUGUUAUCCAUAGCAACCUUUGGUGACGUACUCAAAACUUCCACGGCAUAUUUAAAUAUCUUACGAACGAUGACCACAUAAAUUGUAGAAACUCUGAAAGUUAUAAAACACAUGUAUGGAAUAUCUUCCAAGUAGAAUAAAUGUUAAAUAAACGUGCAUAAUAAUAAUUAUGGUAUAACAGAAUUUUCUGCGAUUAAAUUUUUGAAAGUACAAAUAGUAUUCCCCACAAUUUCCCUGAAACUAAAGAAAUUAAAACCCAAUACUAUUUACGAAACUUGCAUGCACAGCCACAAAAAAGUACUUUCGUAUUCCUUCCCGAACGCGGCCUUAAAACUUAUACAUUGAGAAAUCGAUUUAACUCACGACGCGGUUUCGUUAAUGUUAACAGUAAAGCGGGGAGCACACACUUCUGCACAACGCAUAAUGCGUAAGCAUAACAAAACUGAUUAGUCCAUGUACAAGUGCAUAAGAAAAUAGACCAAUCAAUUUUCUUAUGCUUACGCAUUAUGCGUUGUGCAAAAGUGUGUGUCCGGGCCCUAAAGAAUUGAAAUAACAACACACUACUAAUAAAGGCAUAAAGGCAUUAAACAGAGGUACUGAUGCAAAUACCUUCAUUCCUUCUAUUUUUUCUGAUUUCUGCGGCGUAAAUACCGGAGUUAACCAAUUCUUGCGUCAGACACUUUUGAACUUUAUUACAUACACCACAAAACAUCAUUAGAUCUAGAACUUUUUUGAAACAGUAACUAAUCAUAUUAUAAACGUUUUACCUGAUAAAUUGCACGUGUCAUAUAAAAUAAUGAAAAG